ACCUAGGGUCCCUCAGUGCUCCCCAGCUGAACGUGGCAGCCCCCAGGCCAGGCAGGGCCAUGCUGUCCAUGACAUACAGUGAGAGUCUACGGAGCGUGAGCAGCCGCUGCCCCUCGGACUGGGCAGUGCCCGCCGUGCGCCAGGCGGACGCACUGGAGCUGCGGCGGCUGCGGGAGGUGCGGGCGGCUGCCCAGGCCAAGAACAUGGAGAGUUUCCUGCGCACGCACGGCCUCUCCCUGGACAGCUGCACCGCCCAGCGCACGGGCAUGAAGUACCGGAACCUGGGAAAGUCUGGCCUGCGGGUCUCCUGUCUGGGACUCGGAACAUGGGUCACCUUCGGCGGCCAGGUCACGGACGAGAUGGCAGAGCAGCUGAUGACCUUGGCCUAUGACAAUGGCAUCAACCUCUUUGACACGGCGGAGGUGUAUGCGGCCGGCAAGGCGGAAAUGGUGUUGGGGAACAUCAUCAAGAAGAAGGGCUGGAGACGCUCCAGCCUGGUGAUCACCACCAAGAUCUUCUGGGGAGGAAAAGCCGAAACGGAGCGGGGACUCUCCAGGAAACACGUCAUUGAAGGUCUGAAAGCCUCCCUGGAGCGGCUGCAGCUGGAAUAUGUUGACGUGGUGUUUGCCAACCGCCCGGACCCCAACACACCCAUGGAAGGGGACACAUUUAGUUCUUCCAAGUCCAGGACAUUCGCCAUAGAAGAGACGGUGCGAGCCAUGACCCACGUCAUCAACCAGGGGAUGGCCAUGUACUGGGGCACUUCACGCUGGAGCUCCAUGGAGAUCAUGGAAGCCUACUCGGUGGCCCGGCAGUUCAAUCUGAUCCCGCCCAUCUGCGAGCAGGCCGAGUACCACAUGUUCCAGCGGGAGAAGGUGGAGGUGCAGCUGCCAGAGCUCUUCCACAAGAUAGGGGUAGGCGCCAUGACCUGGUCCCCUCUGGCCUGUGGCAUCAUUUCCGGAAAAUACGACAGUGGCAUCCCACCCUACUCAAGAGCUUCUCUGAAGGGCUACCAGUGGCUGAAGGACAAGAUCCUGAGUGAAGAUGGCCGGCGCCAGCAGGCCAAGCUGAAGGAACUGCAGGCCAUCUCGGAGCGGCUGGGCUGCACCCUGCCCCAGCUGGCCAUAGCCUGGUGCCUGCGGAAUGAAGGCGUGAGCUCGGUGCUCCUGGGGGCCUCCAGCGCUGACCAGCUGAUGGAGAACAUUGGCGCCAUUCAGGUCCUCCCCAAGCUGUCCUCAUCCAUCAUCCACGAGAUCGACAGCAUCCUGGGCAACAAGCCCUACAGCAAGAAGGACUACAGGUCGUGAGGCGCCCGCCCACGCCCCCCCAGUCUCCUCCGCUCGCUUCCAGCUGUCUGGGGCCAAGUCCGGCACGAGGUUGGCACCCACGAGAAAACUAGCGCUGAGGCCGCGAGAAAGCUGCCCCCACCGCGGCUGCCACCCUGUCACUGCUGCUUCUCUGGACCCAGGUUGGGGGGUGUCCCGCCCACGUCUCUGUCUUGCCUCCUCCCAUCAGCCCUUCAAAGCCGCCAGGCAGCCUGCCGGCCCCCAACUUGAGGGAGAAGGACGGACAGGCACUUCCCCGGGUCUCCCCCAAAGUUCCUUCCUGCUCACAAUGCUUCCAGAGUCUUCCUCCAGGCCCCUCUCCACCGCCCUUGAGGGGUGCUCCUAGCUUGCAGAGGGGAAGGAUCUGGGUAACAGGGGCCACAGCUUGGGACCCACAAACACGGGACUUGGGAGGGAUCCGGAGGAGCUGGCUCCUGCCCAGGCCCCCCCAUGCCCGACUGUCUGCACCCCCAUGAGGUCAGAGACCCCCAGCCCCUGCUUGCCCCAGCAGAUCCUCCCCUCACCCCCACCUGUGAGUACAAGCAUGGGGCCUGCAGGGAUGGUCUCAGCACCGGACAGGGAGAGACCCCCGGCAGAAUCUUCCAGAACUCAGGGCAGGUGCAAGGAGACACACAGCCUAGGAACACCACCUGCCUAGAACCAAGGGUUGACCAUGCAGGGGGAUCAGGGAAAGGGAGGAGCCGCCCCUCUUCAGCCUCAGCCUGGUGCUGGGGUGCUAGGACAGGGGCAGGGUCUGAGCUGAACCCCAAGACUUCAAAAAGGGGUCAGGAGCCAGUUUUGCUGAUGUCCAUCCCCCUCUCCCCACUUCUCCCUGUCCCCAGAAAAGGGCUCCUUCCCCCCC